CUGUAAUUUACUUUAGCCAUCAUAACUAUUUUUAAUGGAAUUAAGCAUCCAUUUACCUGUAUUAUACGCGAUACUCACCGUUAUUAACUGUAUUAAUUGACCAAUCAGAGCGGAGCAUUGUCGGGAGUCCGCGGAUUGAACUGAGAAGUUGUUGCUUAUGAAAACACACACCUGUGAUCUUCUAUGCUUCCCGUGGUGCAAUUAAUUGGAUAAUUACUUAACGAUACGGUACCUCUCUACCGUUAUAAAUCAAAGUGAUUGUGAGUUCUGCCGCUAACAGUGAGCUGCAAAAAUGCACUUUUCCAUGACUGACAAAUAAGAUGGCGAAUGUCGCAUGUUGACACAUGCUGAUAUCAGCGUUUAGAGUGUAUUUUCUUAUUGUGUAAUCGAGAUUACCUUUCGUUAUAUUCAUUUAAAAACUGAAGAAACUGGCAUGAAUUUUUCCGAGUUGUUCCGUCAAAGUAGUCAAAUUUGCAAGUUUUCCACUGACGGAAAGUAUUUGGCUUCUGUGGUUGAAUUUCGCCUGGUGAUAAGAGAUGUGGACACCCUACAGAUUCAGAAUCUUUACACAUGCCUAGAUACCAUACAGCACAUAGAGUGGUCAUCAGAUUCCCAGUUUGUUUUGUGUGGACUGUUCAAGAGAGGCAUUGUGCAGGUCUGGUCUAUCGAACAGCCAGAAUGGACCUGUAAGAUCGACGAGGGGUCAGCUGGAUUGUGUGCAGCCAGGUGGAGCCCGGACGGGCGACACAUCCUUACCACUGCUGAUUUUUAUUUGAGGAUAACAGUUUGGUCAUUGGUGACGAAGUCCGUCUCAUACAUCCGCUACCCGAAACAAUGCCAAAAACCGUUAGACUACAGCAAUGGUGGGAAAUACAUGGCCUUAGCAGAAAGAAGAGAUUGCAAAGACUUCAUUAGUAUCUUUGCAUGUGAUUCUUGGGAGCUUGUUAAACAUUUUGAGACGGAGACGGAUGAUUUGACUGGCAUUGAGUGGUCCCCUGAUAGUCGCGUUCUAGCCGUAUGGGAGUCGCCUAUCACAUACAAGAUUCUACUGUACACAUUGGAUGGAAGAUGUGUGUCCAAGUUCAGUGCUUAUGAGAAUGCUCUGGGCAUCAAGUCUCUGGCCUGGUCUCCCACAGGCCAAUUUCUAGCACUCGGCAGCUAUGAUGAAAAGGUGAGAAUUUUGAAUCAUAUCACCUGGAAAUCAGUGGGGACUCACAGCCACCCUGCCACUUUGAAUGAGGAGGAUGUGGUUGUGUAUAAAGAGAUAGAGACUAGAGCCCCUCUACCCCCGGGAAAUGACAUUGAUGCACCCACAGCAGCCCUUUUCACCCCACAGAGUAAAUAUGAGGUAGACCAUUCCCCUGUAAACAUUCCUGUUGUCAAACCGGACACCAAUCGGGCCAACCCAAAACUUGGUGUGGGCAUGCUGGCCUUCAGCUGUGAUUGCAGAUAUAUGUACACAAGAAAUGACAAUAUGCCAAAUACAUUAUGGAUCUGGGAUGUUCAAAAACUGAAGUUAUGUGCAGUGCUGACUCAAGGAGCUGUGAUAAAAUGUGUUGAGUGGGACCCUCUGCAGCCCCGUCUGUCCCUGUGUACCGGUACCAAUAAGCUUUAUAUGUGGUCUCCUGCUGGCAGCCUGGCUGUAGAAGUGCCAGUGGAAGGAGUAUUUAAUGUUCAUUCCUUGAGAUGGCAUCCUGAUGGUAACACCAUUCUGUUGCUGGGAAAGGACCAAAUGUGUGUUUGUUACCUUUCUGGUCCAGGAGCCGAGAAGAGUUAGCCAAGAAAGAUAACUCAAAUUAUGUGCAAAGUCUCCUGUGUCUUACUGGGAGUAAGUGUAUGUUGAAUGGAAAUUGAUGGUAAUUCAAAAAUAGACCAACGAUGAAAAAGGUUGAGGGUAUAUAAACCACUGCAGGUUGUAAUGGUAUUGUGAAUGAGCUUUAUAAAGUCAAAGUUCUUAUUUUUCAAAUCUGCAAUCCCAUACAAUACAUAUAGAGUUGAUCUUUUGCAGAAAGAGGCAGCAUAUUUACAUAAUAUUGACAUCUCUGACCAUUGACAAUGGUAGUGAUGUAAUUAUAAAUUCUUUUCUUUGAUUGUUAGAGGCCGUCUUUGAAGUGAUUGUGAUGUCAUAUAAUAUAGAUUUUGUAAUACUUUAAAUCUUAAUCUUAUUAUAUUAAUAUGUAGGCAUUUUAGGAGAUCACCCAAGAAGUAAUUCAGAGAAAUUGUUUCUAUUUUUUUUUUUAUUUCCAGCAAAAUAAACUGAAUGAAGUAUAUAAAUUAUCAUUAUAUAUCAGUAGUGCAUAAUAUUGACAAGUAUAUAUAGGUCACAUAUUUCUUGUAUUUUGGUGCUUAUUUUUAUCAUCAGACUCAUAACACCAUAAUAAAUCAAUUUUAGAUAUGU